AUGCCCGUCUCAAUUCUCCCUCCCAGCGCACCACUGCCACCCCGCCGCGAUGCGCCAGCAGACGACUCCGACAUGGACAUGUCCGACGACGACAUGCCAACCUCUCAAACAAACGCCAUAGUCACACCCGGCGAGCACAUCACCAGCGAUCCGCAAUGGAUGCGCGGCCACGGCACAUACAUCCCCGCCGGCGAAACAACCAUCAUCUCGACAGUCGCAGGUCACAUGCACAAGACGAACAAGCUGCUUUCCGUCCAACCGCUGCGCGCACGCUACCAGCCCGAGAUCGGGGACUUAGUCGUCGGCCGCAUCGUCAGCGUGCAGACGAAGAAAUGGAGCGUCGACAUUGCCGCACCGAUGCUCGCAGGCCUCCCACUCAGCAGCAUAAACCUGCCCGGCGGCAUCUUGCGCCGCCGCACUGCCGUCGACGAGCUCAACAUCCGCACGUUCUUCUCCGAGGGCGACUUGCUCGUCGCCGAAGUUCAGUCGCUACACCAGGACAACACGGCUUCAUUACACACGCGCUCGCUUAAGUACGGGAAACUGCGCAACGGACUGUUCACCAGUCUUAGCGGUGCCGGCGGGGGCAUAUUAUCGCGCCGAGGCGGCGUCGUCAGGAGCCGGCGGCAAGUCUUCACACUCAACACUGCGGCGGGCGAAAUUGACGUUGUGCUGGGCGUCAACGGGUACAUAUUUAUCUCGAAACACAUCAAGCCCGCGGAGGAUGUUAGUAUCAACCGCCUGGACGAAGGCGUCAGCGAAACGCUCUACUCAAGCCAAAACGACGACAUCGAGCCCGCGGUGAUGCGCGAAAUCACGCGCGUCAGCUCCCUGAUCAAGGGCUUGGUGGCGUGCGGCAUGCGCGUCGACGAAGACAUGAUUGUCAAAGUCUACGAGGGCGCCGUCGAGAUGGAGGCUGAGGAGCGCAGUCUCGGCGCCGUGGAUAAGGGUGUCGGCGCCAAGGGGGUUGUCGAGGCGGUGUUGGGUAGGCUAGAGGUCGAGGCGGGGGGCUGA